AUGACUGCCGAGGCAUUGGCGGCACGCGUCAAUCCGACCAGCUGUUUGCCUCGCAUCAAAGAUGAACCUUCGUCAACCGCGGUGUUUGGCGCUCUUGCCCAUCUCUCUCGACUCUACUCUCCGCAAUCGCUCAACAAGGACGAAAAGGCGCUCAGUGCGUCUAUAGGUUUACCAGACGAAAUUGGUGCGGACCAUGCACCUUCGAAACAUCAGGAUGCGGUCGACUCGGCCAGGGCGGACGACAACGAGAAACGAUACGCCAUGAGUUGGCUCACCCGGAUCAUCGGAAGCGGUCUCUACUGGUUGGACGAUGAAGGACCCAUCACCAACGCUGAAGCUCUUCUAGAUCUCGCUGGCCGCAUUUUGGGUGGGUGUGCCAGUCUCGAGGAAGCCGGGGCCAUCUCGCGCGAGUUCCGCUUUCCCCUUCCGGAACCUGUACUCAUCCCGCAAGAAGACGCAAAGCUCUUUCCGCCCUCCUUGCCCACCGAGACCAUAGAGAUCGUUCUUCGCGAUGACCCACUACCGCCUUCGUACACGCAGUCGGAAGCCAACUCGCAGAAUGGAACAGGUUCGAGCCAGGAUGCUGCUGCCGCGGUCGGUGUGCAGACGUGGGGUGCCUCGAUCGUCGUCAGCGACGUACUAGCCCGACACCCUGCACUUUUUCAUCCUGGGCUUGCUCAAGCUCUAAACAAGCGGCUCAGGAUUGCCGAGCUUGGAGCUGGUACCGGUCUGCUGGGCAUGACAGCGGCAAAACUGCUUGAACAAAAGGAGAUUCCCGCGAACGUUGUGCUGACCGAUUACCACACGCAGGUGCUUCGGAAUCUCAAACACAAUGUCGACGAGAACUUCGCGACUUCAACUUCCGGCAGUGAGGCUGCAGAUGUAGUCUCGGUAACCGUCGAGCAUCUCGACUGGCUUGAGAUCCACCACCAGAUGCUGCACGGUGCUGUCGAUAAAGACCAGCCCAAAUACGAUCUGAUACUGCUGGCCGAUGUCAUCUAUGCUCCCGAGCACGCCUUGUGGAUUCGAUCGUCGAUCGAAGCAUUGCUGCGAAAGCCGAGUAUGGAUCAAUCGCCAGAGGCAGCUCCACGUGCGCACGUCGUCAUGGCCGUUCGGGGCACGGGCAAGUUCGAAGGACUUUCUAGAACAGUCGAAGAUGCGUUCGGACCGGCCGCACAGCCAACAACGCUGCCAUCGCUCAGCGCGUCUCGAACUGCAACCCCGCUCGACACGAUGCCAGGAACGCCAGUUUUGACGUUCGAGCCGUCGAGCGCCGUUGAUCACAAGGGCAACGCCAAGCAUAGCGAUCUACUCCGCUCGCGAAUCGAUGCCAUUUCGCUUAGCGCGGAACGUGGCAGACAUCUCACAAUUCUCAAGCGACGCAGGCUGGACAAGCGAUCCAACGUGGGUCGAAAUGACGAGCAAGAGUAUCUUUGGUUUGAGGUCGGCUGGUCGUCUUGA